AUGGCUAAGAAAAAGUCUAUGCAAGAACUUGUUAAACCCUUGAGGAAACUAUCUCUACUCGUAUCGACAACGACAUCUUCAUCCACUGGAUCAAAAAGCACUCAACCCCAUUCUCCCACAACGACAACAACGCCAUUCUCUUUACAACAUGACCAUGAGCAACACGACAUUAUCAGCUGGCUACCACGGGAGAUCGCCCUUGCCAUUUUCUCAAUGUUGUCUUUUCAAGAUCUUGUGAGAGUGCAACUGACAUGUCGUAUAUGGAGACGCAUUGCACAGGAUGCAUCGAUAUGGCGAGCUCGUUAUCAUCAAUUACAUCGACUCUUUCCAGACCUCUACUUGCAUAAACGAAUCCUCAAUGAUACCAUGAACGACGACCCUCCAUCCGACCCAUCAUUAUCAUCAUGGCAAACCCGUUACUGUCAGGCACAAACGCAUGCAAACUGGAGGAUGGGCAAUGUACAAAGAGCGAAACGUAUUAGUGAGCAUGAUGGUUCUCGAUUACUCUCUGUGAAACUCAAGCAGCAUUGGCUUGUAACACUCUCUGAGAGCAACACAGUACAGCUUUACGAGUACGCCAUGGAAACGGGUUUCACCUUGCAUAGGAGCUGGCAUUUCGGUGAAUCAAGUAUUGUCGAGUGCGUUGACAUCUUGCCUGAAAUACAUAUUCUAGUUGUAGCCAUGCGUGGAUCAAAGUGCAUGUUUUACGAUGUCAGCACUCAAAGUACAGAGCCUAUCCAAGUCCUCAAAGGCGGCAGCCAUCCAUGGUUUUUCCCCGAUUCGAUUGCCCUGACUCAGAACUACUUUGCAGUAUCAGGAAGGAAACCAUCAGCCGUGUUCAUCUGGAAUUGGAGAAAAGGUGUUCGUUUAUCAAAUAGGGCAUUUGAUAAUCAACCUCACAGCGUCUAUAUUUCCGGGACACAUAUCAUCACUAUCAGCGUCGAUGGAAUCCUUCAUACAUUUGAUAUACAUGAUCCAGUACAACCAGCGAUUACAUUCACCCUACCACCAUGCAACAUGCCUUGCUUGAAUUAUGAUGGUUCAUUCAAUUUGGUGUUGGCACCUUAUGCAGCACGUCGUAUACAUCAUUUUCGGUGGGAUCAAUCCAUCAAUGAGGAUCAUGAGGACAAUGAACAACAACAACAACAGGGGCAACAACCCGAACCACAGCGAUCCGUCUCAUCAUCCGUAUACAGCUCCAUUUUCAAGAGAAGAAGGUCAGCUCAACAACAUCGUGCAAAAGUGACAGGUCUACGACGUCAUUCUUCAUACAAUGAUUAUGGAUACGCGUGUCAAGCACGAACAGCCCAAUACAUUAAAAGGAGCCAGCCAUCAACAAAGUCAUCAAAUGAAGCAUCACCGGACUUUACAAGCCAGCUACGAUUAUGCAAAUCAAUUCGAACAACGCCCCUUGGUUGGACAGCUCAUAAAAUUGUCAGCGUUGCGGUGCACAAUGAUCGCGUUGCUAUAUUGAAUCGGUAUGGUGAUAUUGCUCUCUUUGCGUUGAAUGGGACAACAGCGGCACACGUGACUCUACGCAACAAACGCAUAUGGAUGGAUGAACGAUCAGAUACCAAUUUUCGUGACGAGGAUGAAUUAUCGGAUGGCUAUGACUUUAUACGAUUAAGGUUAGCCAUGGGGAGUAUGGGAAUUAUCUAUGCAAGCCGAGGUGGUUCAUUGUGGUGGCUCGAUUUCGCUUGUAGACCAAGUUUAUAA